CAGCAAGCUAGAUAUUUACUUAUUCUUUCUUAUAAUUCUUUGAGGCAUCGUAGUGACUAUGGAGCUCCAUUCAAAGCUCACAAUCCUCCUCCUUGCUGCACUGGGAACUGCAAUCAUAUCCAUCCGGCGCUUCCUCAUCCGCCGUCAGUUCGCACGCCGUCACGGCUGUCAACCAGUCGCGCGAUCUUUCAGCAAGGAUCCUUUCCUAGGCCUUGAUACCAUCCCUGGGACAGUCCGAGCGAUCAGGCAGCAUCGGAUUCUCGAAAGAGUUUGUGAGAUCUUUCAUGUAUACGGCAAUACGUUCAGAGUCAAGGAGCUGAACCAAAGUGCAAUCGUGACUAUUGAGCCUGAGAACAUCAAGACGAUCCUAUCGCUGAACUUCAAGCACUAUAGUCUCAAACACCGUCUCGAGCCAUUUAAGCCGCUACUGGGAGAAGGCAUCUUCAAUACCGAUGGUGAACACUGGGCGUCAUCGCGCGCCCUCAUCCGACCGAGCUUUGCCCGUGAGCAGGUAGCCGAUCUGCGAUUGUUGGAGAAGUUGAUGCAGGAUUUGUUGGUGUUGCUUCCUCGAGAUGGUACAACAGUGGACUUGCAGGAACUGUUCUUCCGGUAUACAAUUGAUUCCGCGACGGAGUUCUUGUUUGGUCAGUCUGUUGGCACGUUAAAAAAGAGCCAGUCAGAACUCGCGUUCGCAGAGGCCUUCCAGUAUGCCCAGAAGGCUAUUACUGUACGGGGCAUGCUAGGUCCGUUAAAUGCGGUCUACCGUGAUCGAAAGGCUAACGAGUGUAACCGCAUCUGUCGGGAGUUUGUACAACAAUUUGUUGAUGAGGCUAUCUAUGCUGCCGAAGGGAGACAAGAAGAUAAGGAAACCAGAACAACGGAUACAAAGCGAAGAUAUAUUUUCUCGCAUGAGCUGGCCUCGCGGACGUCCGAUAAGCGGCGUAUGCUAGAUGAGUUGAUAAGCGUGCUCCUAGCUGGCCGGGAUACAACAGCCAGUCUGCUCGGGAAUCUGUUCUUCAUGCUAGCGAAGAAUCCAGUGGUUUGGGCGAAGCUACGUGCUGAAGUUGAUGUCUUGCAGAAUCGGCCACCGACGUAUGAAGAGCUCCGCGGGCUUCGGUAUGUUCAGUGCUGUGUGAAUGAAUCCCUCCGUCUUCACCCCGUCGUGCCCAGCAAUCAACGUGAAGCAAUUCGAGACACCGUCCUCCCACUGGGCGGAGGUAAAGAUGGCCUCUCGCCCGCUUUUGUCCCAAAAGGAACCCUUGUCGGCUAUAAUAUCUACGCCAUGCAUCGCCGAACCGACCUCUAUGGACCGGAUGCAGCAGAAUUUCGCCCAGAGCGCUGGGAGGAUGGUAAGCUGCAACCACGCUGGGGAUAUUUGCCGUUCAAUGGUGGGCCACGGAUCUGUCUUGGCCAGCGCUAUGCCUUGACCGAAGCAAGCUACGUUCUUGUCCGGAUGGUACAGGAGUUUCGUGGGCUGGAGAGUCAUGAUCCGGGGCCUUGGGAGGAAGGUCUGUCUUUGACGCUUUGUUCGAGGAAUGGGACUAAAGUUGGGCUUAUUCCUUGAAUAUAUUUGUAUGACUCGUACGAUUAAACCAGAAUCAUCACAUUAUCCUACUAUAACACCCCCUCUUUUGCCUUCUCUUCAGCAUUCUGUCCAGAGUCCGAGCUCGAGAGUGAAUACGAAACAGUUACAUCAAGAAGUAUAUCGAGGAUCAACCGAUCGACCGAACAUAUAGGGUUGACCGGCCGCAUUUCGCCACCUCAUCACUAGAUUUCUUAUCCACCACGAUGAACAAGUAUGCUUAUAGUGCGAGAGUU